UAAAAACACAGCUAUCGAUAUACUAGUUUAAAACAAUAUUAGCCAACACUAGUUAAAAAGAGAAUGAAAACGCAAAUAAAUAAAUAGCCAAACAAUAACAAGCGAAAUAUAUAUACAUAUGUAAAUAUAUGAAAAUGCCCGAAAGUGCAUUGCCAGAACAAAUUCGCACCACCCUAGGUGGCAGCACUUUCGGACAACGAAGAGAGGAUAUUUUUCGACGACUGCAGCAAAGUGCGCAACAAACAAGUGAAAUUUAUAGUGGAAAACGCGAACUAGCCACAGAGAAGGACGAUGUUGUGCAGGAGUUAUGCGAGGCAUUGGAAGAUACUCUUGCAUAUGGACUACGACAAAUGUUGAAUGUUUCAAUCACGGCUGCUAGCAUCUUUCAAAAUAUGCACGAGAUUGUAACAGGUGGCACUGGCGGCAGCAGCAACAACAAUGAAACCACAUUUUGGGAUUUUUGUGAGACACAGUUGACGCCACACGAAAGACAGCGAUUCGAGGAGCUCAAGCAAAUCUGGACGAAACACGGACGCGGCCGCGCUUUCAUACGCGCCACACUCAACGAGAAGCGGCUGCAGAGCCACGUUCUAACCUGGCUGAGCGACGAGGCGCAACUCCAGCGUUUCUAUACGCCCUGGUCGCUAUUGCUCAACGAGGAGGCAGCCAAGAAAUUGCCCGAAAUACUGGACAGCCUCAAGGAUGUACUCUUUGCCCUCAGUGUUGAAAAUCCUGAGCUCAAUGCGCCGAAACGACUGGCAGUGCCAGGAGUUGGCAUUGUGAAAGAGGAGCCCAUUAUAUACGCACCGCAACCUGUUCCAGUGGCCACGCGCAAGCCUGGACGCAUGGCGACGGCUGUCAAGCGACCGAUUGUGUGCGCCACAUCAACUGAGGAUUUGUUGGGUGCGCUCAGUCCGCGCCAAAUGCUGGAGGUGCAGCAGAUUACCUCGAAGGAUGCCAUUGAGCAGGAACUGAUGCCUUCAAUGCCAGACAUGCCCGUUUGUGCAACGCCCUGUGAUCCUAUAGAGCCCGAACUGGAAUUUCUGAAAACUCCGCUACCCGAUGUUUAUCCAACAGACCAAGAUCAAGACCACGAACAGGAACACACUAAUGAUGCGCAGGAACUCUUUGAGGACCGCAGUGAUACCUCCUCGCAGUGGAGCAAGUCAUCGUCCUCCGCGAACGGGGGCAGCAGCCAACAGACAAUGCAGCUGGCGGAGCAGGUGUCCCAGCUAAACGAACGUUGCGCCCUGCUGGAAACACGAGUGGCCGAGCUGAAGCUACAAAAUCGACAACUGAUUCGUCGUCUCACCAAGCAGUUCAACGAGACCGGGAUUGAUCCGACAUCGUCGUUUUGUUCAAACUUUCUGAUUACCAUUCCACAAGUGAAACUCGUUAAGACGCCGCGUUCAGGAUCGCAUUACGUCUACGAGAUGCACAUAACCAUGCGCCAGCGGCUGGAGCAUUGGACGCUCUUUCGUCGCUAUAGCGAAUUUAACAAACUACACAAAUCCUUGUUGCGCACGCAUCCCAAUAUUAUUGGCUCCAUUGAGUUUCCGCCUAAAAAGCAUUUUGGCAACAUGAAUCUCGUCUUUGUCGAAGAGCGUCGACAGCAGCUGCAAAUCUAUAUGUUAAAUGUUAUGGAGGCAUUGCCACAAGUGGAGGCGUGUAAAUCCAAAGCGGAAUUGCAAAAAGUGUUCCCAUUUUUUCGCGACCGAUAGCAUAGGCAGGCAUUCAGCCAAAAAAAAGUUGGACCAAACUUAAAAAGUUGAAAGUAUUCGUUCUCUAAUUAAGUUAUGUUUUGUUAUAUUUAUCAAAAUGUUUAUUUACAUGUAUAA